GGACUUUGUUUUUGUAGCAAGCGAUUUCGAAUCGUAACCCGUGUUUCUUCAAACGCACGACGGCGACGUUCGUGAGCCGCUUUUGCCCGAUCGGCUGCACCAGCGUUUUCGACAUUUUUCUCUCGCCGCUUCUUUCUCGUGCACCUUCGCUUCUCUAUUCAAUCAUCCAGAUUUUAUAGGUAAAAACUCAGAGGAGAAAGGAAUAGGAAUUUUUUUUAAGAAAAUGUCGUCUCUAAAGCAAAAGAGUGAAGGGGCAACUGCGGAGGAGGAAAAUAAGGAGAUCUCUAAUUUCUUUGAUAUCUAUGGACCUCAAGCAAAAGCAGAAAUUGUUUUCAAGACACCAGAAACUAACUCUACCUUGAAUUUGCAAGAUGUUCAAGGACUUGUUACCUGGGUUCUUGCCGAUGGAUUCAUGCCUUCCUGGGUUUUUAUUAAGAAUAAGCCACUGAUUCCGAAAGUUGUUAUGCUUUAUGUCCCUGGCCUCGAUGCAGCUUUGUACUUAGCACAUUCCAUGAAACUUUCUGGUUUUAAACAAAGUUGCGGUAAUCCCCGGGCACUUUUAGCUCUUAGCUGUGUAUCGGAUGGGAUGCAGACGAUAGAUGCACUCCUAACGUGCAAGGUGAAAAGAAAGAGAAAUGUAAUUGAUUCAGUGAGGGAUGCAGGCCAGUCCGCUGAACAAGAAACAUCUAUCUCUUUAAUGGACUCUGCAGAACUCUUGAAAGAUAUUCCUUUCCCCAUUACAUAUUAUACACUUACAACAAAGGAACUAGAAGACAAUGGAUAUUGUCUUAAUCAACCAGGUUUUGAAUCUACUCUUCCUGCUCCUGAUGGGUCUUCUCUUUAUGAAUUAUUGUCACUUGACUGUGAAAUGUGUAUAACAAGUGAGGGUUUUGAGCUGACAAGAGUGACCCUGGUCGAUAUUAAAGGACAGGUUGUAUUAGAUAAAUUGGUUAAACCAUCAAACCCUAUCACUGAUUACAACACAAGGUUUAGUGGAAUCACAUAUGAGAUGCUGAGUGGAGUGACUACAAGUCUUAAAGAUGUUCAGGAAGAUUUUCUAAAGCUGGUUCACAAAUAUACCAUCCUAAUUGGGCACUCCUUGGAGAAUGACUUAUUAGCUUUGAAGAUUUCUCAUGAUUUGAUAAUUGAUACCUCUGUAUUAUACAAACACCCUCGUGGUGGAUCUUACAAAGCUGCUCUUCGAGUUCUUGCCAAGAGAUUUCUCUCUAGGGAGAUUCAGCAGUCAGGGACUGGACACGAUAGUAUUGAAGAUGCAAGGGCUGCUAUGGAUUUGGCUCUGUUAAAGAUUAGAAAUGGACCUGAUUUUGGUUUGCCACCAUCAUUUAUGCGCCGAAAGCUCCUUACUCUUUUGGGUGAGUGUGGCAAGACCUCCUCUUUCAUUGAUGAUAUUUCCAUAGUGAAGCGAUAUGCUUCGGAGUCAUCCCAUGCAAUUCCAAUUUGCACUGAUGAUGAAGCUCUUUUAAAGGCUAGAAAAGAGGUCAAGAAUGAUCGUAUACACUUUGUCUGGACACAAUUUUCAGAACUGAAUUCCUAUUUCAUAAAACAAGCCGAGGAUGAUGUAAAGUUAAAUGCAAAACUUGCUGAAAUGAUUUCAUUGCUUACAUGUAAUAAGAAAUCUGCUAGUCGAAAAGGAACCAAAUACAGUGUUUCAACUGAGCUAAAGGAAAUUUUAACUCGCAUUGAUGCUAGGGUUCGUAGUCUCCACGCUGCGUUACCCACUAACUCGAUGUUUAUAAUAUGCACCGGACAUGGGGACAUAUCCAUUGUUCAUAGAUUGAGGAAAAUGUUGACAGAGCAAUGUGAAACAAUGGUGCCCCGUGAGAAACUUGUAAAGGUAUUGGAAGAGCUGCAGGCCCAGGCUGAAGUAGCUUUAUGUUUUGUUGGCAUUAAGCAUUAGGUAUACCAUCCACUACUAAUGUAUCUUGCAUUUUUCAAGAGUGAUGAGGAAUGCUCAUGUAAAUUUUGAGGCUGUUACAGUUUUUACAAUGACAAUCAUUGUUUUGAUGCUGUUGUCCCCUCCAUCCACCCAGAAAAGGAAAAAUGUAAAAGGUGGUUAUUUUAUUCGCUACUGGGAAAAGUUUUUAAUCUUUUAUGAAAUUCUAUAUUUGCGAGCGUUUAUGAAGAGAUAUUCUCUUUUCUUUUCUUUUUUGGUCGCCUUUGUUGUUGUUGCUUGUUUCACUCAGCGUGCAUCGGAGGCCUGCAGAAGGUUAAUGGGAGAGUUUGGACUAUCAAGCCAUCUACACAUUAAAAAUCAUUUAAGACAAGAUUUUUGGAUUUAAUCAGAAAGUUAAGGGUU